CUUUCCUAAGGCCAAUGACCUGCCUGCCUAGUAGGUUCUUAGUCUGAUAAUGGUGUCAGUAAUGCAUUUGAUCCUGUGAAGGACUUAGAUACAGUCAGGAAGUGGUACUUACUCCCACAGUAUUUGUGCUACUAUUGCACUAGUGGGCUGGUCUUGCCAUGCCAAUCUUUACUGUAGCUUGAAGUGUCUGUAGUUGGACAUGACUGAUGAUUACUUGUCUGCUCUAGUAGCUUGCAUAGACCCUUUCCACCACCAUGAAAACAAGUCAGUAGGGAUAAAGAUUCUGUUUCUUUACCACUUUGAUUUUGCCAUGACCUUGACUCAAACAUAUAGUGUCUUCAGCAAUAGGAUCUUAUCAUCAAGUUCUUGAUAGCCAAAAGCAGUAGCAAUACAAUGUAAUGUUUGAAGGGUCUUUGGUACCUAAUUAGCAAGAACUCCAAAAGAAGCAACUUAUACAUGACAUAGAUUUAUUUGUUACCCUCUGGUUUCCAGUAGAGGUAUUAUUGCUCGGUUUCAGAGUCACUCCAUUUUAAUUCUCUUUCUCCUCUCUCUACAUAUCUUUUCCUAUUGAUCAUGUUUGUAUCUUUCUAUGUGAGUGUGUGUUAGUGAUGGUAAAGCAAAUUUCCGUGUCUUUUUCUGUUUCAUUCAUCUUUUCCCCUUCUCCUUCCUGUCCCCGACCUCCACUCCCCCAUCCCAGUUUAACCCUCCUUGGUCCAUCCUUCACCAUAUAUCUAUCUGUACAUUCUAUCUCCCCUCUUUUCAUAGCCAUCCCCAUGGCAUUUUAGUAAUUUCAUGAACCAUGUUGGUAUUACAAUUGAAACACAUAUAUGAAAAUUUAACACUAACUUCACAGUGACAGAGAAUAUGUGAUGUUUAUCUUCAUUAUUCUGGGUUGCCUUUCUCAAAAUACCUUUUUCCAGCUCCUUCUGUUUAGUUGUGAAUUUCAUAGUUUCUUUUUCUCUAUAUCUCUGAGUAGCAUUACCCAGUAUGACUUUAACGAUUUUUAUUCAACAGUUGGUGCAAAUCUAGGUUGUUUGCAUUUCCUAUCUAUUGUAUAUAUAAUCAUAAUAAACAUGGAUAAGCAAAAGUCUCUAGAACAGGAUAUGGACUCCCUUUUGUGUAUGCAUACAUUUAUAUGUAUGUACAUAUAUAUGUGUGUGUGUAUACACAUAGCACACACAUAAAUUAUAUGUACAUAUAUAUGUAAUUUUUAUAUAUAUGAGUGCUACUGCUGGUUCAUAUGGAAAGUACUUCUAGAGUUAGCUCCAUGCUGAUUUUUAAAAUGGUUGUACCAGUUCGCAUAUCCUCAAGUACUAAAACAGAGUUCAGUUCCAUUUUCUGCAAAUCAGUGCCAACACUUGUCAUUUUUUUGUUUGUUUAUCUUAGACUUUUUCACUGGGAUGAGAUGAAAUCAGAGAGAAGAUAUAAUGACAAACUUUCACUGUGUAGCCGUGGCUGUCCCGAAAACCAGACUGACUGGCCUCACCUCAGAGAUCCCAAUGAUUCUGGAUCAUACAUGCUGGGAUUAAAGGGUGCAGUGACCUAUGAUGAUGUGCAUGUUAACUUCACUGGGGAAGAAUGGGCUUUGCUGGAUCCUUUACAGAAGAAUCUCUACAAAGAUGUGAUGCUGGAAACAUACAGGAACCUCACUGCUAUAGGCUACAGUUGGGAAGACGAUAUUAUUGAAGAACAUUGUCAAAGUUCUAGAAGACAUAAAAGGUAA